CCCUCUCUCUCUCUCUCUCCUUUCUCUAGCUGAAAUUUUAGCAACGCCGAAGUGGAAACAUUCCGUAUCGGCGCGGUGAGCGAAAAUGGCUAUGUCCGCCGCUUCCACCGUAUCCAUCCCGUGCCGACCUUCUCCAUCCCCACCGCCAUGUUCCUCGUUCCCGCUCAACACCGCCCUCGCGUUCCCUACCAAACCCAGGAGAUCAAUCCUCAUCGCGUGCUCCUCCGGCGACAACCCGGCCGAGACCAACGCGGCGACGGCGACGACGGCGGCAGAGAGCGACGACGCCUCGGAGAGCUCCAUCGAAGCUCCCGACUUGGCCCCGUCUCUGAUCUCCGCUCUCAACGUGGAGCGAGCCCUCCGCGGCAUCGCCAUCACGGACGCGGAUCAUUACGGUCGCCUCGGGCUCCCGAGAAAAUGCCCCUACGAGCAGGUGGCCGGGGCGUACAGGAAGAAGGUUGAAGAAGCGAAGAGCGAGGGGCUGGAAGAGGAGGAGCUCAACGAGAAGCUGGAACAGCUGAAGGAGUCGUACAGGAUACUGUCGUCGGCGGAAGAGAGGAGGCUGUACGAUUGGAGCUUGGCCAGGAGCCAGAAGCCGGACAGAUACAUGUGGCCUUUCGAGGUCGACAUCGCUCGGGCCACUCCGGACACUCCUCCUCCGCAGGAGCCGGAGGACGAGGGGCCGACGAGACUUGUGGGUUACUUCAUACUUGGAUGGGUGGUAUUGUCCUUCGUAUUAUCAAUUGCUCUCAAUCGAUAGUUCAUCAGAUGAUGUAUCGAGUUUGUGAAACGAAUCUCCCAAAGAGAGAUCUUGAAUUGGAUGAAGCAUGGUUCUUGAAUUAGUUGUAAAUCAUAGUAAUUCUUAAUUGGAACCCAAUGCUACCAAAGAUUGACCAACUAGUGUCUAGAUAGAUCUGGGUAUUAGAAAGACUAUCAUUCUUUACUCAGAUUUUCAA